UCGGCAUGAAAACUGUCCUGGUUGUGCCACGUACUUCUUGUUCCUUUUUCGCAAAAUCAUCCAAAAACACCGUCAUUGUAGGUGGUGGGACGAUUGUAGACACGUAUUUGCUAUUUACAGAGCUCAGUGCACAUAUUUAGGCUAGGUAACCUGAAAGAAGGUUUUUUCAAGUUGGUCCAAAUCGGGACAUAAACUUAUCAAGAUGUCUAACGACAUAGGCGAUUGGUACCGGAGUAUCCCUCAGAUCUCCCGCUACUGGUUCACGUUAGCUGUAGCAUUCCCUCUCCUUGGCAAAAUAGGACUUCUGAGUCCAUAUUAUAUGAUCCUAGAUUGGAAUUUAUUCUUCCACAAAUUCCAGAUAUGGCGGCCAAUCACAGCACUGUUUUACUACCCCAUCACACCGAUGACUGGUUUCCAUUAUCUCAUCAAUCUAUACUUCCUGUAUUCAUAUUCCACAAGGACCGAAACUGGUGUUUUUGAUGGAAGACCGGCUGAUUACCUCUUCAUGCUGAUAUUCAAUUCAGUGAUUCUUGUGAUCAUUGGAUUCUUAGCUGAGCUGAUGUUGUUGAUGGAUCCCUUUGUUCUGAGUGUGAUGUACGUCUGGUGUCAGUUGAACAGAGAUCAAAUUGUCCAGUUCUGGUUUGGCACUCAAUUCAAGGCCAUGUACCUCCCAUGGGUGUUGGUGGCAUUCAACAUGAUCAUCAGAGGAGGGGGAAUAAGUGAACUGAUCGGCAUCUUUGUUGGACAUCUCUACUUCUUCCUAAUGUUUAAAUAUCCACAAGACUUUGGUGGAGUACGAUUCAUCAACACUCCAUCAUUUUUAUAUAAAUAUUUCCCGAACAGAAGAGGCGGUGUUUCUGGAUUCGGACAGGCCCCAGCAAGUCGUCGAGAAGAGAACCGAGGACCAAACGAAGGUCGUCAUCUAUGGGGCCAAGGGAAUACACUAGGUGGACAGUGAGACGGACUGAAUUACAACGACGUGUUAUGAAAUUGAUGAUGUUGAAAACUGCAAGCAUAGCGAGGUGUUGGGCAGACUGCUGUGCUUGCUAGAUUAAAGCCUGCUGACUUACGACAAGUUAUAGCACUUACUGUAAAUUUAUUGCAGUUUGCCAGAAAGGAAAUGUAUUUUUAGAUGGCAGGCAGUGGACUUGUUACUGAAAACCUGAUGCCAUGGAUAUAAUUUUGCAGAAAAAAGCUGCAUGAAAUAAUUUUGGUGAAAUUCUGAGACGUGUUACCAACAACUGGAAACCUUCCCCGCUCGUUUUCCAUUUUCUGUUUGGGAUUUCUGCUGUGACGAAGUUGCUCCUUUAUCAUAAUAUCAUAAGGUCUAAAACAGAAAUAUCACCUACAAAAGGACAAUAUCUACCAAUAUGAUGUUGGCUUCUUUGGUUUCUUUUGAUACUCCAAGAGACCCGUGGUGUUAAACAGUUUGUGUGUUGUCCUGUAAAAUUGGGAAAUUGUUUGAGUGUCAGGUUGUCUAGGCUUGAAAUCAUAGAAUCAGUAGAAUUGUUCACAUAUUGGGAAAAGGGAGUCUAAUUUUAAAGAUAUUUUCAUUGAAUUGGGAAAACAUUUUCAUGAACUUGUCAGUGGCACAAUCCUAUUUGGCUGACAAAUGUCCCUUGGCCUCAAUGAAAUCUACUGAUGCCAAUGCCCAAAGAAAAGUAUUUCUGUGAGAAGUUCAUGGAACUAUGAAGGGAUUUACCUUUGCUGUAGAAUUGUUAGUAGAUUCACUGUACAUAUUGUUAUUGUACUGAGCUGUGGAAGUGGUGAUUAUUUAGCCCAUUUACCGAGAGAGACUACUAUAUAGGCAGGGGCCAAGUGGGCGAGAUUAAUUUACACAAAGUCACAGUUCAUUGGGACUAUUCACGCUGGUGUGAGGAAAAGUUUCAUCACAAGAGCCAGGGCUAUUGACCGUACUGUCCAAAUUUGGCUCCUGGAGACCACCAUUUUGACCCCUAUAAGCUCCUGCCUGCAGCCCCUCUUUAAGUUGGGUGUGUAAUUGUACAACAAUCGAGCUAUUUAUUUUUCUUUCCUCCAUCUUAAUUUACUAUGAAGCCAUCCAUGCCCAUGCUAUACCUAUGUUAGCUAGAUAUUUGGGUCAUCCAUUUUGAGAAUUCAAAACAGGGGGCGCUCUGAUAAUACAACGGGGAUAAAGUUAAAAUUUUGAUAGAGAAGGAUAAAGAGGGAUCCAAAAUUAUUUGCACCAUUGCUAAAUGGAUGGCUCAAAACUGCAAUAGUUCUGGAUUAGUUCAACCUUUCUGCCCAUACAGAAGUAUAGAAUUGUUUGUGCAAAUGUUGAAUUGGUCCAUAACUGAGGUCAUUAUUUUUUGAUUUGGAGACGAGAAGGAAUAAAAAACUUUC